AUGUCUGGAGCCUCGAGCCCGGUGUCCAUGAUGACGCCCGAGUCGGAGAAUGGCAGCCUCGCGCCCUCGUCGCCCCGUUUGGAAAGCCAAGACAGCCGCAUCAUCAUCCGCCGCCUGCUGUUGAGAUAUGGCCGCCAUGAGAUCGAGAGACUGCUCGAGGAAGAAAGCUGCGAGCCCUCUUUGUACGGCCAUCAGCCUUCCUCUCUCGCCUAUGAAGGCAACUUUGCCCCAGUCGUGUCUGAAAACAUCCCCCCUGGCAUGGCGAACACGGCCGCCAGCGUCGUGAGCUAUCCCGGCGUGUCGUCCGGGCCGCGCCAGCGGGUCUUUUCCGGCCUCGCGGGAGGCCCGGGCCCGCUCUUCUCCGUUGCUGCCGGAGGCUCGAGGCCGAGCGGGCGCCUGUCGUCGUCGUCGUCGUACAGGAUGGACUACGCGUGCGGAUUCUGCGCCGAGAUCGGCAUCACCAAGACGUGCACACGCCGCAACGACCUGCGGCGGCACAUCGACCAGUUCCACAACACAAACGCCCAGUGGCUCUGCCAGCAUCCCGGCUGCCGCAUGGCCUUUGACUGGCAGACGGCCUACCAGAUCCACCUGCGCAACGAGCACGGCGGCUCGCAGAUGCGCAUGGAGGAGGCCAAGGUGGUCCUGUGCCCCCAGACCGUCUUUGCCUGCGGCCACGAGGGCUGCCACCACGUCCUCGAGGCCGCCAACGACUCGACCGCCCCGGCCACCUGGAAGGCCUACACGGCCCACCUCAUCAAGCACUGCGAGGAGGGACGCGCCGGCAGCGCCGGCAGCUGGGACUACUCGCACCGGAUGCGGAACCUGCUGAACCAGUCCCGCGUCGCCGCCGCCUGGAAGAGCUCCGGGGCCGAAGAGGCUGGGCCGGCCCCGCUCCGGUGGGACCCCGGCGCGAGCCGGACUCUGCGCAAGCUGCUCGAGACGAGGCACCUCGACAACCUGCCGCGGCUCCUCGGGCUCGUUGUCCUCCUGGGCUCCCCGGGGCCCGACGCGCCCAAGCAUAUUCACGCAAAACUCGACCUCGACCUGCCCGUCAAGAAGCUCUGUCCCGCGGCCGCCAUCAAGCACGAGAUGCGCAACAGCCCGCCGCCGCACCCCGAGACUCUGCCGCGACAGGGGCUUGGCUUGGACGCCGCCGACCUGUACAAGAUGUCGGGGACGGAGAUGUCGCCCUACCACGGCGUGGCCGACAGUCCCCGACCCCAUCCGACCCCCAGCAUGCCGUUCCGGACCUCGGCGGGACCCGAUGCUUACAGUGUAUGCAAUAAUGACGACCAAGAUCACUCCAAGAACAGCGGCGGAAACGACGGGCACGCAGUUGACACGCCCAUGACCCCCCCGCAAGGAUUCUACGGCAUGCUCGCCCCGCCUGUCUACCCGCAACAGUAUGUCGCCUUCCGGCCGCCGACGGGCCCGGGUCGUCCCGCAGACUCGUGCGCCGUGCCGCCCUCUCACCCCGUUGCGACGGAGCAGAGCAUCGUCCUGGGCGGCGGCGCCGCGGCGGCCAUUCCUAGGGCCCACCACCAUGACGGCUGGGCCGAAGUGUACGGCUCGACCGGUCUUCAGAGCCCGGCAUUGACGGACGCCUACUACGACGUGGGCAGUCCCAUGGCGUCGGGCCACCAGAACAUGCUUGGGACGUAUGUUCCUCCGCCUUCUUGA